UUAACUUUUUGAAUUACAUGUAAAUUCCAGAAGUUAACUUUAAGUUAACUCUCAAAGUAGUUUUAUAAUACCCGCCCUUAGUCAAUGACGUCGCAAAUAGUGCUACACUAUGACCGCGAUUACCAAAAACGAGGCCGAUACGCAAUCCUGUAGUAGUGAGUAUUAUUCGUGGGCUGUGCUGUGGUACUGUGGUGUGGAAAUGAUGAUACACACCAAGCUGUGACACACCUACAAGGAUUGCUUAUCGGCUGGUAAACGUUGCCCUAUUAGUGUGUUACCAUUUCCGACGUCCUAUCGUCGUUAGCUGUUUAAAAAACCUACGUCAAGGCGAGAAUGUACUGUUUCAAAACAGUUUUGAGCCAGUUUCAGAAAAGUGGACGCGAGAAAACGCCUCUGGUAGUUUUGAAUAGUGGGAAAGGGCUACUCUAAAAGUUCGGAGCGAAAUGAGCGUGCUUGAUACGCUCUCUCGACGUAUUCACGAACGCGACAAGUUUUGCUCGGAACGCCCGGCGUUAAGCUAAAAAAUAUUUGGAGCGUACGGAGUACGGACGGAUCAAUUAUCGAACGCAGCUACAGAUUCACAAAUCACAGCAAAAAGUGAGGUUAUAUUUGUUAUGUUUAUCUAAGCAUGGAUGAAAAUUUUAAAAUAAAAACAUUAUCCUACAUAAUACACUUUCGUUCCAAAAAUUAUGUAUUUGACAUUUUGAAUUACUUUUAUUAAAAUGUUUAAUUCUCUCUGCUUACAAACCGACGUUACAUGUAUUGAAAUCAUAGACAAACAUGUUUUUGCAGGUAUUGGAGGAUUUCUGCACAUAUACCAAUUACCAAACAACAACCUAAUCAAGCGCCUCAAGAUUUUCGAAGGACAAAAAAUAUACGGAAUUAAACCAAAUCUGAAUUUAUCAAAACUUAUUAUUUUUGGCGGGAAACAUAUAUCUUUAACAUCUUGUCCACAAGGAAACUUUGAAGAAAUAGAAAAAAGUACCCACCAUAUUCUCUCUGACUGGAUAUUAGCCGUCAAAUGGAUAGAAAAUGAUAAUAAAAUAGCAACUGUGUUCAUGCAUAAUAAACUUACUAUAUGGAAUAAAGAUUUUUUAAAAGAAAUAUCAGUAAAAUGUGAGGAAAGAUGCAUUUUAUAUAGUGCCCAUAUUUGCUAUGAUAGUCACAAAGAACUUUUGAUUCUAUCAGGGACAGUGUUCAGUGAGGUAUUAUUAUGGAAACCAUUAAAUUCUCAUGAAAAUAAAUGUUCACCAGUGUUAAAAAGGCUCAAAGAACACAACGGUGUUAUAUUCUCCAUUGAUUAUAACCCAGACAAUGGCCUAAUAUGUGCCACAUCCGAUGACAGAUCUGCAGUGCUUUGGAAAAUGACUUCAACAAAUCCCCAGGACAUUCAAAUAAAUAAAUUGUGCCAGGUAUAUGAACAUUUAGCUCGAAUAUUCCGCUGUUUAAUUUUAAAAGAAUGUUUCAUAACAGUUGGAGAAGAUUCUUUAAUAAUUGUAUGGGACUUUAACGGUUCUUUGCUAAGAAAAAUUGAGACUCAUCAAGGUGGUGCAGUUUGGUCUUUGGGUUACAAUAAAAAUUUAGAUGUUAUUUGUAGCGGUGGGAAUGAUGGAGCAAUAACAACUUUUAGAGUUAAUCCAAAAGUUGUGAAAGAUUAUUCAAGUUUACCUAAUCGAGAAAUUCCAAAAAUUGUUGGAUUAUUAAGGGCAGGAAAUAUGAUUUGUUUAUCUGAAAAAGCAGUGUUGUAUUAUCAUGAUGUUAUUUGGCAAGAAGUUGCUAGAUACCCGGAUUUGCAAAAAUAUUGCAUUUUACAAAUAUCUCCUUGCAAAAGAUUAUUUGCUCUGGCCGGAUUUGAUGGGCAAAUAUAUAUUUAUAGAGAAAAUCACUUAAUUAAUAAAUUUUUUUUGCAACAUAAAUCAAGAAUAUUUGCAUUUCAUUGGCUAGAUUGCAAUAGAUUUUUAGUCACUCAAAAAGAUGGCAUUUUAAUUCUAUAUUUUAUUUUUAAUAAUACAAUUAAUUUUAUACAAUCAUUUAUAUUUCCAUCUUCAAAGGAGAGGUGGCCAACCUGUGCUUGUGCCUUAAACGAUCACAUUAUUUUAGGUGAUAGAAAGGGGAAUAUCUAUAAUUUUAAAAUUGGACACGAAAGUCCGAUAAAUACACAAAAAAAGUCGCAUAGCUAUUUAGGAGUUACUUAUUUAUAUUUUGAAAACAAUUUAAUUAUCUCUUUAGGUAGGGAUGGUUUUAUAAAAAGAUAUAAACUUUCAAAUAAUAAUUUGGAGUGUAUUGAUUCUAACAAAACUAAAUUUUCUUGGUUGGUAGGCUUGGAAAAUAAUUUAUUACUAUCAUUUUCAGGUGAUAAUUUUGUAGUUUCAGAUUUUAAAUUUCAAAGAAUUUUAUUUGAAACUAAAUGCGGGGGUGGACAUAGAUCGUGGGAUUAUGUGACAAAUUCAAAAAGCAUAAUUUUUAGUUUUAUCAAGCAAAAAAUAAUACACACUUGCCAGUUAAAUAUGGAAGAUUUUAUGCCAAAAGAUGUAAUUGAAGGCUUCCACGUCCGAGAAAUUAAUGCCUUAAAAGUUUUGAAAUUAAGUGAGGAUUAUCAUUUGGUUAUUUCUGGAGGUGAAGACACCAUUCUCCGUUUAAGUAUAGCUCAAUUUAAUAGAAUAAAAAUCCUAGAAACAUUUAAAAUACAUCUUUCAAGCAUUAGAGCCAUAAAUUAUUACAAAUUAAACAUAAAUAAAUAUUUAUUGAUAACAGCUGGUGGACGGGCUCAAAUAAUUUGUUGGCAAAUUGAAAUACAAGAUGAAAAAAUAUCAUGCAUAGAAAAAUGCAAUUUUUAUGAAUCUGUAAGCCAAGAAGAAGGAGAAACUAGAAUAAUGCAUUUGUGUAUUGCAAAUAUACAUGAGCAGUUGUACCUUUUUGCUGGUCGUUCGGAUGGUUUAAUAAAAAUAUUUUCCAUAUCGACUGAUAUGAAUUUAAAACUUGAAAAUUCUAUUUCUCAUUCUAAUCAUUGUAUAAGCAACUUGGCUCUAAUUAAAGGGGGAGUUAACAUCGAUUUAUUAGCUUCUAUGGCGACUGAUGGGAAUUUAAAAUUUUGGUCUAUAUCAGAUAUUUGUUAUAAUCAAAGUAAUGAGGCUCUAAAUUUCUUCAAGAUUCAUCAAUCGGGUAUAACGUCUUUUAGUUAUAUUUUAAAGGAUGACAGAUUGAUAACUUUAACCGGUGGGGAUGAUAAUUGCAUAAGUUUGACGUUAUUUGGUAUUCAUAAACAAAAUAGUUUUAUAAGUUUAGCAAAAAUUAAUGUUGAUCAAAAUUUCGCGAUUCAUUGUGCUCAGAUAACUGGAGCUUUUCUACUGAAUGGAUAUUUUAUAACUAGCUCCAUUGACCAAAGAAUAGUGAUAAGUAAAUGGCUUUAUAAAGAUAAUGAAGUAAAAUUUAGUAUGCUAGAAAAAUAUGACACUGCCAUAGCUGAUCCUCAAGGAUUAGAAGCGAUUUUAGACAAGAGAAGUUUAUAUUUGUAUAUUUUUGGUAAUGGUAUUGAAUGUGUGAAAGUGAACAUAUAAAUAUCCCCGUAAAUAUCUAGAUUAGUCAAUAAUAAAAUAUAUUAAGUAAUGUGUACAAAUCUUAUGCCAUCUGUGAUACCUAUGCAGUAUAUUGAAGUUAAUAUACAUUUUUUAUGUUGAAAUGUUGUCUAUUAUUUUUUUGAACCAUUAGAAUUAUUAUAUUUCAAGUAUCAUUAGCACUCUAAAGAACUCACUAGAUCGUCUCCAGGAAGAGUUCUCGAUCGAACGGAAUUAGCGUACUCUUAGAACAGAACACACUACUGCAAACAAAUAGGGUUCAUAGUCCAAGAGCCCAGAGCCGCCAGACACAACUUAUUUUCUAAAGGACAGAAUAUGUGGGAUUGAGUAGCACUUAUAGGUACUAUGAACGUAUGUAUAUUCGCUAAGUUGAGUAGACGGCCAAUUGACUGUUAUUUGUAAAUAACGGUUUUUCCUAUUAUGGGAAAAACCGAAUCUCAUUUCUACUCUAGCCUAGAGUAGACUGUACGUUUAAGAGGGGGAAAUCAGUUGACAUAGAUAUCUCGCUCACUCUCAAACGCAUGCAUAGUACCCUCGCGCUCACACUCCCGGAAAAAUUAUUUUGCGUCUGGGGGAAUGUUUGGCCGGUGCGAUUGGUCUGGCUAAGCACACGUAGUUAUAAAAUAGUCUCCCAAAUACCAUAUAUAAAAAUCAAGCGUUAGAAAAAAAGUUGAAGCUUUCUUCAGCUUUCACACCUCCUGUUGGUAAAUUGGACGUCUACCCAACUUAGCGGGUAUACAUACGUUCAUAGUACAUAUAAGUGCUACACAAUUCCACAUAUUCUGUCCUUUAGAAAAUAAGUUGUGUCUGGCGGCUCUGGGCUCUUGGACUAUCAUGGAACGAUAGAAUACAUGGAACCGCAGCAAAUUAUGUUAAUAGGAAACAAAUGAAUUUGAAAAAUAAAUAUUAUUCUCCAUGCACUUUAUAGUUUACAAAAAGGUAACUUUUUGCUAUGGGUAAGAUAGUAAGAAAACCAGUCCUACUUCCGUAAAUUCUGGCCACAAGGGCGUUUAGAGAAAUUGCAAGUCAGGCGAUUGAUGGAAAGAAAUUGGUUUUUACUUGUGCAUCCAAAAGCUUUUAGAGAGUGAAUAAGCACAUACCUUUACCCUUAGGCCUUAAAAAAAAACUGCACCAUCUAGUUUAAUUGCAGGUGAACUUACCACAAAGGAAUUUACUUCACCAUUAGAACAAGGCAAAAUUCCUAGCAUAAAAAGAAUUGAUGUGAGAUGUGUCCUAAAAGGGAUAAGCUUUGGCUACAUUGGUCAAUUUAGUUGUCCCCACAAAUUACAGGCGUAUUGGCCAAAUUGUAGCUCUAUCCGAGGAACACUUCUCUUGAAAAGAAAACUCCCAUAUAAAUUUCUAUGCUACUGAAUUAGUUUUGUAUUAACCAUUUAAUAAAUAAAUUAUGUUAUAUUCUAUUACAAUCAAUAUACCAUAUACAAUUAAAAUAUUCUAAGUUUUAUAAAUCCUUUUUCUACUGACGUUUCAUAAUAGCAACUUUUCGAUUGUCAUUUCAGUUUUGAAACGACAUUCUUUUAGGCACUGAGUGCGUGAAAGUUACUUUUAGGCACUCAGUGCGUAAAAGUGACUUUUGAAUGCGUAAAAGUGACUUAUGAGUGCGUAAAAGUAAUUUUUAAGCACUAGUGCCUAAAAGUGUCAUUCAUUAUUCAGAAAUAAAAAACACACUGAACACAUAUUUGAAUUUUGUUUUGUAUUUAUUAUGAAUAUUGAAAAUGGAAUUACUGAAUUGAACGUUUGGGUUACUCAAAACAGAACUUUGUGUUAUUACCUACUUUCUAGGAUUUUAAUUAUUGAUGUCGAAUUUUGAAAAGAAAAUCGCAUGAAAAGUGUCAGGUGUCAAGUAAAAGCAGGUAACAAAGAUUUUGGGUGUAAUCGACUUAUUCACAUGAAAUAAAAUUGUGUUUUUUUAUUAUAAAAUGCCAGUAGAAAAAAUCUUGUAUACAAUACGUUACGAAACGAUGUCUUUUAGUCACUCGACGUGUUGUCCAACUCGGCUUUGCCUCGUUGGACAAUUUUCACGUCGCGUGCCUAAAAGACGCUCAUUUCGUAACUUAUUGUAUAAAUAGCUAUUUUUAUACAUAAAUUAUUCCACAAUUCAAUGUGCAAACAAUCUUGCAGCAGCAUGUCCAUUAACAUAAAAAUAAUUAUAUUCUCAGUAUUAAAUUAGUUAUAAAAUGGAUUGUAUGUAACCCAAUGAGCCCUCUCCUGUUCUUUUUCGGAUUUAUGAGUAGUGAAUAUGGAUUUAUAAACAUCUGUAGCUUUUUUAUCUUGGGCUAUACUAUAAUCUGAAGUCAUUUUCCUUACUUCUUCUGCGUUGGUUACUUUACCCGAAGAUAUAACAUUUCCUAUUUUUGAAAGCGAUGUUGAUCCACCAGUUUCAAUUUUGAGUUUUUUAGAUAUUUCUUCAGUUUUUGUAAGUGUUCUUUUAUUUGCCUUCUUAUUUGGUUCUAAUAAGCAGCUGCCACUAUCGGAAACAAUAGUCGCUGAAGUGGUUGUAGAAGGUGUAGCUGGUUCAACUUUAAUUUUCUUUUUGUCUUUAUUUUUUGCCUUUCUUAAUUCCAUUCUUCCUUGCAUCAAUUCAACAUCUGUUGUAGUCCCAUUUAAAAUGACAAUAUCAUCGUCCUCGAAGGGUUUGGUGCAUUUAUGGCAAUUUUUGGUACCAAUUUCCUUAUAAGCUCUUUCAGAAAAUACGCAACCGCAAUUCCAUACAGCAACAAAUCUAAACUUGCCACUCAUUUCAAGUCCCAGAACGGGGCAAAUGUAUGGUGACCCACGAUGAUCUACUGCACCUCCUUUUUUGUCCUCAUCUAUUUUGUAUUCUGGAUUCUUGGUAAGUCUUAGAUUUUUAACAUCUUUCAAAUUCUUUAUAUGACGGAAUUCUUCAGCCAACGCGCUUCUAUCUAGCAAAGCUUCAAUUAAUGCCAUUUUGUUGUACAACUUUCCCAGGUGGCACAUUACAAUGGGUUCUCGUAAGGCUUCUUGUGUUAUAGCACAGCAUUUCCAUAAGGCAGCCAGCUCGGCAUCUUUGUCUUUUUGUUCCGGCUUCUUUUUAACUCUUACUAACUCGUCACGACGUGGAAUUGUACCACCAUCACAACCCAUGAUAAGAUUUUAG